AUGUUGAUGGUUCUUCCUACCAGCGGUCAGCAAGCUGCGCGUCUGGUGGGAUACUAUCUCAUCUCUGUCUACCCAGGAAUUACAACCCUCAUCUACUCCUGGUCCGCUGCCAACACAGCCGGCGAUACCAAGCGAAAGUGCACUUCCGCCGUCCUCUUCAUCGGUCAAUCCGUUGGCAACGUUGUCGGUCCCCUCCUCUACAAGCCCGCCGAGGCACCCAGGUACACCCGCGGUCUGACGUCCAACCUAGUGCUCUACUGCGUCAUCGUCGUUCUCGUCGUCCUCGUGAGCCUGUAUCUCGCCUUCCUCAACCGCUCGCAUAGCAAGCGCCGCGUGGCCAUGGGCAAAAGCGCUGUAAUCAUCGACACAAGUUUGUUCUCCGCCGCUGAGGCCGAGAAAGCUAAGCAAGAGCAAGCCGCGCAGGCUGCUGGGGAUAAUGGGAAUGAGAUGGCUGCGGCUGGAGAGGAGCAGGCUGAAGAGAAUGAACGUCACAAAAACGUGGACCACUCUCAGAAGCCAAGUAACUCGGGUGCAAACCGCGCGCGCGACAACUUGGAUACAGGUGGCUAUCUAGACAACUUCAAGAUGAGUUGGCCUGUCCUUGUAUCGUUAUUUCUUCUUGUCCUCAAAUCAGCGAGGGCUAAGUCUCAGUUGCCGUAUCACGCACGGUCUCGACUCUCAUCUAACCACGCCUUCUAA